AUGCUUUGUAAAAUAUCAGAUUUUUUUCAGUUUGAAGACAGCAUCGCUAAUUACACGGUUUAUAUACAGCCAGUGAUCAUUCAAAGUUGCUCAACAAAUGAAUCACUAAUACCGCUGAAGAGGGAUGGAUUUGAGUAUUACUUGGACCAGAGUAUAAAUACAUACACCUUUAAUAUAUGUCUAAAAUACAAAGAAGACCCCUUGGAGCAUGUUGGAAUUAUCACCUACUUGGGCUUCAUAAGCCCUGUAUCAGUACCAUUGCUGGCUCAAGGAGAUCGUUGGCUUUUGGAUUACCUAGUGUCUCUUCCACUGGGCAGCAAUCCAGGCCAGUCUCCCAUGUACAGUGUUGUAGCGCUGAAGGUUGGGGGUAAUUGCGAAGGGUCUGUUAUUGGCCAGGGCAAGCUGGUACAAAAGCAGUACAGCCAAGAAUUACCAAUCCUUUCUUUCAACUCAGGAAACCACUUAAUCACAUAUGCGCCUGUUGCAAGCUUUUGUAGUUGUCCAUUUGUUGGUGAAUGCAAAUUAAUGAGUCACUACACAAAUUUCUUGACCAAGGCUUCUAUCAAAGGUCCCCAUUCAAUUAGCAUAAUAACGGAUUGUGUUUAUGGCAGGCGCUGUCAAAUUCAGGUGGCGGGGAAUUAUGAAAUAAUCACAGGGGUAUUUAGUGCCGCUUACCAGUGCAAAGGCGAUAUCCCAAUCACCAAUGAUCAGAAACCUGGCGUUUUUGUUUUCCCCGAUUCGGCAUAUAUUUCCGGCCAGGCAACCAACCAGUUACAGCUUUGCUGGCAGGUGAAAACCCCUCACAAUGGUGUCCCUAUAUCAAUAGGCACAAUUUACGCCCACUACCUGUAUGCUGGAAAUAUAAUCGUUGUGCCAUUUGGCGAGCAGAUAUUGCUGAAUUCAAGAUUUAACAUAUGUACGGAUGGCACGCUGCUCCUCUUUGAGAAACUGCCGGGUAAUAGUGACUGGAAACUGGUGUCUAAGCUUGUGGAUGACGAUGCAUUGUCAAUCGAUUAUAACUUUUCGUCAGAUUGUCAGUACGAGCUAAGAUACUGUAAUAAUUGCGACGAGCACAUUAAUUGCAUCGACGAGUCCAGGGACUCAAACGCAUUGAUACACAGUGUAAUAAUGAGGGGCGUGUCAAAUUACACUAAUUUUACCUGCAUUUUGGGCGCAAUAUGCAAGAUUAUGCUGCCCAUAAUAAACCAAGCAACAGGUGCGAAGGAUGGUACCAAUAAUUUUGGCAACAUAUUGGUGAGCCAGGAGUGCGGUAGUAUUCUUAGACAAAUGAAGUUUAUCAACAAUUAUGGUUUACUUUCCGCAUCACGAGUAAGUGUAAGCGAGGGUAGUCUGGUUGCAGAGUACUUGGUGUCCAGUAAGAAGGUCCCUAAUCACGCUGCAUCGCAUUUACUUCAUAUUUGUUACUGUAAUAGAGAGUUAACUGCGUGUAGGCUGAGUGACUACACGAUACAAGUGGGUACAUUAUUUUUCAGAGAUGCCACGAUGCAGGAGUGUUGGACAGGCAAUUCAUGUGUUUUUUCUGCCGCGGGUAGUUUGGCCCAGGAGAGGAUUUCCCUUCGUCACGCAUGCCACAUACCCAAUUCAGAAGUAGGUUUUGUUGGGAGAGAGAAAUAUGCCAGAUUUAUCGAGGCCUAUACCGUGAAUGGGCAGACGAGAAGUAGAUUUGAAGCCAAGCUUUCUGGGGAUUUGAUGAACAGUAGUGUGUUAAAAAUAUGCGGAGUUGAAUCAGGCACUGUUUUUGGCGAGAUUUCAAUAAAAUCUCUCUCAUUGGUACCGAAUAGGAUCUUUGUAGAUUCAUAUCAACGAGUUACAUUCAAGACAACUGAACUUGUCAUUGGCAGGCAGGUGCUGCUAAUAACAAACGGAGGCAGGAAUAAAUCAAUGCUUGAAUUUAACGACAGCAAUUUCACCAUGUCCUUAGACAUGUCAUCAGGUGUUUAUAGUCUUUUUUGGUGCUACGCGGGUAGUUUUUCCAGUUGCAACAGAGAAGGCGAUUUCAGACUAAAAAUAGCAACAAUAUAUAUUUCAGGGCUAUCACCCACCCAGAGAAGGAUAAAGUGUAGGAGUGGCGUAGAUUGCGUCGCUAGUAUGAGCGUUGUAAAAUAUUUUACCAAAGUCAACACGUUUAUUGUGGACCAAAUAAAUUCAUUUGGCAUAGUAGCCAGUGUGGACGACUGCACGAAAGGGCCCCCGGAGAGUAAAUUUAUUUUCCAUCCCACUGGGAAGAAGGAUUUGAAGAUUAAUGAGCAAAACAAUGACAUAUUAUAUCUUUCGUAUACCAUGGAAUUCGUUGGCAAAUUCCCGUCUAACGUAAUACCUAAUAACUACAAAGUUUGUAUUAGUAGGCCCCCCGACUAUUCCCUGGUCUCUGGCAUCUAUAUCACGCUUCAAGGUGUUGUUUACUCCCGUAGCCCAAUACUAAUCGACUCCGGAAGGUCGUUCAAUUUGAGCAUUCGCGGCUACAAGACGCCAAACACUAUAUUUGGGUUUUUUUCCGAUAAAAGCUAUGGGUGUAGCAGGAUUCCGGAUAGCCAGCUGAAGAUAAAUAUGAGCCCAAAACCUGCCCUGAGCUACCCAGCCCUGGGCCUGGUUCACUACAUUUGGAGUGAAGUGUCUAUUAAAUUUGUGAUGAACAAAUUUGAGGGGAGGCUUUACCUGUGCCUCUGCUGGCAGAAUGACUGCAAAAACGAUGCAGGCUACGCACAAUCUGGAGUUGAGGUCGUAAUUGCAGGCCCCAAGUAUGAUGCAAAUCCGAGGCGUAUGAUUGCAUCAGAAGAGGUAGAACUUAGCCUGGACACCGGCUACCCAGUUGUAAUGUCUGCCGUGUUGCUCAAGAGCUCCAAAAGUAUCGGCUUCCAAAAGAUCCAGUAUUACACAGGGUACGCGAGGCACGAGGUGGAAAACCUGUUACAUUUAAGAUUAAAUGAGCGAAAGCGCAUGUUUCCCCCGGGGUAUAACGCCGGACUGGGGGGAAACUUGUCUUUACCCGCCUCCGCGGCGGCCAAGUACCGGCUGAAAGCGACACAAGUGUUUGGCAACGGCACGUUGUAUUACUGCAGUGGAUACCAGUGCAACUCGUUGGAGGACUUUGACACUCCACUCUUUCAAGUACUUGUCGAAGGCCCUAAGUUCAAGCGCUAUAUGGCAUCUAUGGACGCGCUAUCAAUAGUAAAUGUCAGCAGCACAAGCGCAAGCAGUUAUUUUGAUAAAUUUCAGAUCGUGUACGAUGAUUUUGAUUGCAAUCGUGCGUUAUUUCACAAUGGCACAAUAGUUUCUAACACAAUGAAUUACCUGCAGGCCAGAGACUACCGACACAUAUUUCAACUAACGCUGAGAAAUGAAUUUAGAUACACACCCUUGGGCGUGAAUUCUUUGGGAUUGGCAAUUUACACUAGCAAUUCUACCACCCGAUCGUUCAAGAUCUGCUAUUGCCUUUUCAGAGCCAAACUAAGGUGCAACAUGGCGUCUGACUUCUCCACAAACGCUGGGCUAAUAACGCCCCUUUAUGGCCUUGACAGCCACAAAGCUAGUGUCCAUGGAGGGAAGCAUCUCUGCGAGAAAGAUCCGGAGAGUAAAUACACCAUAACAGGAGUUAUAGGGGGAAGCAAUAUGAUGCCAGGGGUUCCGAUGGGCAAUUUUUAUCUGACUGAGGACGAGUUGGAGCAGUUCAUGGUCAGUUACUUUUCUAGCAUUCACAAGGGCUACGCGUUGAAGUACAGAGUGGAGAUAGCAGACGCGGCCCACACAGGCGGGGGAAAGAAGCUGAAUAUCAAUAGGACAGGAAUUUACCCAAAUCAGCAGAUGUUUUUGAUAGCAGAAUCGCCUAAUCUGCUCAUAAUUCAUGGCCACGGACUUAACCAGACUGACAACGUGUCGCUGAUGAUAGUCUCUUCCAGCCAGUCAUGCAAAAAUCAAAUUGACAGCGCUACGGCGCAUACGCACUUUUCCAGCUACCGUAAAACGCCCACUAGGAUAGAGUACCACGACGUGGUGCUCCCAAAGAUUGGCUACUACAGGGUCUGCUUGUUGUCUGCAGUAGAGAAGGGGAGGGGGGAGGGAUGGUUGGAAGUCGGAAUUGCGGAGGUUAAGAACUUUUACAGAGUACCCCUGAACGAAAAUGCCAAUGGUCCUGGCGAGAAGGACGCUCUGAGUAGGGGCAAAAGGGAAUUCAGCUGCAUGGGCCAUAAGGGCAUCUACACCUAUGAUGGAAGCGGGCUCUACUAUCGUAUGAUAUUAAAAAAUAAGCUCUCUCCGCUUCCCAUAGACCUACAACUACCCGUUUCUCCAAAUUUGCGCUUGUGUUGUACAGUGGCCCGCCUAUCCGAGAACCCGCCAGGCGGAGGUUUGGGAGAAAAUCAGACGGAGUUACUGCUGAUUUUGGACGAACAUUCUAUCACCCUCGCAAUGGUGUCUAACGGAAUACUGGUAAAGCAGCCCAAUGAAUAUAUUCACAGGGUGAGCUCUCCGCUGCAUAUCCAGGCGCUGGAUGACUUGGUGCUAAUUUCCAGCAGCGAAGGGCUCUUCUUGGGCGACAUCAGUCGCCCGGAGCCGAUGCAGCAUAUCAGCAUGGCCUUUAUCAGUUCCUUCAGCAUCAUACCCAAACCAGGCACUAGGGGAGGAACGGGCAAAGCAGAGUACUACCUCUACGUAAUAGAGGCAGGCAUUUUGUACAACUACUUAAUGAAGGACGGGCAACUGACUCCAGUUGGUAAAUACAUAAACCUAUCCCUCCCACUCAGCGUACUGUCAAUAUUGGUAUCCGGAACGGCACUGACGUUUGUGGGCGAGAGGUCUACCGGGCGGGUGAUAGCGCUGGAGGGCGUGGAGGGCGACCUACGCCUCUACAAGGAGAUUGACUCGGUGGGUAUAGUAACAGGCGUAGAUAUCCUUGGGGGGUUUUUGGCGAUUACCAGUACGCAGCAGACGCAGUACGGGCUGGAGAAGUUCACCAUACUGAGGCAGCUAGGUUCUCUCACCAGAAUAGAGUUCGACUAUCCCAUCCCACAGACGCUGCAGAGUGGGCAGAGAUACUUGUUCAAGCCUAUAAUAGGCGGAGAUGCAAUAGAUUUUAUCACUGAGGAUACUAGCGGAGGGGGUUCGACGUACGGACUGGAGAUAGACCCCAAGACCUUCGCCCUGGGCGGAGUGUUGAUGGCGGCGGGCACGAAUACGCUUUACCUCGUGGGCGGCAAUUUAUUCGGACGCGUCUACCGGUCUUUUACAUUUAUAGCUACAUGCAGUUCCGGGUUUGGAUGGUCGGAGCGGCUGGGCGUCUGCGUGGAGUGUCCGAUUGGCAGCUACCGGGGGAGCGAGCCCAUAUCGGCGUGCAUUCAGUGCGAGACAGUGAAGGGCAAUUCAACAACGCUCUACAUUGGGUCAACCAGCCCCUUGGACUGCGUUUGUGACCCUGGGUACUACCAAACUGGGGGUAACGGGGGUUCAGCCCCCACAUGUUCAGAGUGCGAGGAGGGCAAAUUCAAAGACGCAGCAGGCGACGCAGCGUGCAUUCAAACAUGCCCAAAGAACAUGUCUAGCACUCGUAGUGGCGCUAAGACGCUAAGCGAUUUGGCAUGUCAGUGCGUGCCGGGAUUUUACCUUCGCGCCUCAGCAAAAUAUGGGGAUAUUUGCCAGACCUGUGAAGUGGGGUUUUAUUGUGAGGGCGGCUCGGCAGGGCCGGUGAGGUGCCCGCCCAACAUGACAACAGUGUCUCAGGGGGCGCCCAGCGCUGUAUACUGUCUCUGUUCGCUCGGGUACGAGGUGGCCACGGGUCCGACGGGGCGCCAGAUAGGGUGUACCGAGUGCAGGAAAUCACACUAUAAGUCGCAAGUUGGUAACGUGCGGUGCAAUUUGUGCCUUAAGGAUGGAAUGGUUAGUGAUGCUGUUGAAAUGCAAAUGCGGUGGUACAAUAUGCUGCUGUUUUCCGAGAGGGUGGGCAGCGUGGACGCCAAGGAGUGCAGGUUUUGCGUUUCCGGGUACUACUACGAGUCAAAGAGAUGCUCCGUGUGCCCCAUCACCAGCUACUGCCCAGGCCUCGCCUCGGGGCCCACGUUUUGUGGGCAAAAUUCCAGCGCCAGGGAUUUUAGGGCCACCGAUUCCAUCCACUGCAGGUGCCACAAGUCGUUCUCAUACUUGGCGAGGUCACCCCUGGACAAUUCAAUAGUCUGCAAGUCCUGCCCAUCAAACUGGAACUAUUCCACCGACUUUCCGCGCGUCCCGCUAUUCGCAGAGGUCUCUCGGUCCGUGGGGGUGGCGUGGUAUAACUCGCCCGGGUACCACCUGCCGGGGGCGGGCGGGCUCUGGAGGGCGGGACCCGACGGGCCCCGCGAGCUGUCCUGCGUGGUCUCGCCAGGUUAUACCGCGCUAGAGGCGCAGGGCAGACAGUUUUGGGGGUGGUAUGAGACCUCGAUUUACCGUGAAAGCCCCGCGCUCUGCGCCAAGAGCUGCGAGGAGUUUCAGUUCUGCAGGGGAUUUUUUUUCUCCGGCGACGACGCCAAGUACGCAAGCGUCGUCCACACAAGCGAGGGCGCGACAAAGAUCUACCACUACCGCUGCAGGCUUUUCAUGUACGCCUUUGUAGGGCCCGAGGGCGGGGGGGAGGGAGUUAGAAAGGGCUGGCUAGGGGGUGGACUCGAGGCUGUGCCCGAGUACAUUGGGCUGCCCGUGGCUUGCGAAGUGUCUUGGUCGCGCGGCUCGGAAGUCAUGCUGCCUGUUCCCUGCCCCGCCCGCCAUUACUGCCCGGGCGCCUCGGCGCCACUUCCCUGCCCCGCCAACUCCACGACCCUUCCGCCCUACUACAGCAAGUCGAUAUCGGACUGCCUCUGCCUGCGGGGCUUCCAGGGGGUCAGGGACAGGGAGCAGAUGGAGUGCGUGCCGUGCCCGCAGGGCUACUACAAGGGCGCCGUGGGUAAUGAGCUUUGCGACAAGUGCCCCGACCUCCUCACCACGUUCCAGACCGGUUCCCCGGGCCCCCACGCCUGCGCCUGUCUCCCCGGCUAUUACGCCACGGCAUCCGGGGCGGCAGCGUCCCGGGUCUUCAGGUGCGCAGAGUGCCUGGACGGGAGCUACUGCGAGGGGGGGUUUUCCUCGCCCUUUGCGGCGUUGGGAGACGUGGGAGACGUGGGAGGCGUAUCCGACCAGUUGUUACCCUCCCAUUCGACGGCCAAAAACUGCCCCAGCGGCUCUGAAAUACUCCCCUCCGUGCACAUGGCCACGAGCGCCAAGCAGUGCGUCUGUCUCAGGGGGUACGAACUGCUCCCCUCGCUGCUCCCCUCCCCGAGGUGCGAAAAGUGCUUCCCCGGUAGCUACAAAGAGUACCACGACAACAGCAGUUGCGCGGGGCGCUGUCCGCAGUCCGCUAUGAGCUUUUUCGGGGCUAUGGCAAAGUCCCAGUGCUUCUGCCAAUACGGGCUGUACAUGAGGCUGGGCUCCGGCAGCGACUACGGGACCUUCACUGGGGAGUGCACCAAGUGCCCAGUGGGCGCCCUCUGCCCCGGCGGGCUGAGCGGCUGGUUCGUAGAUAAGCUGAGCAGGGACGGCUCCUUCACGGAAAUCCCCUUCUCCGCCCACGUGCGGCCCAUUGCGCUCCCCGGUUUCUGGACGCACUUUGCCGACGACGGUACCCGCUCAUUCCACCCCUGCUCCAACAUCAAGGCCUGCAUAGGCGGGCUGGACAGGUGCGAAAGGGGCUCCGAGGGGUACCUCUGCGACGCCUGCUCCCGCGGGUACUUCAAGCAGUCCUUCGGCACGGGCUGCAGCAGGUGGCCCGGGUGGCGCAGACAGAUCGUCCACGCCAUGCUAGUGACCGUCCUAAAGGGCACCGCCGCGGUGGCUAUCUCGCGCUACUCAAAGGGCGGGGUGCUACGCAUACUCUACUACUCGACGCUGGCGCUAGUGUUCAACUGCAAAAAUCUGGACAGUCCCGUCGUCCGCCUGCUUUGGACCUGCGCGAGCCACUCCUUCUCCUGGCCCACGGCCCAGCCCCUCCCCGCAAGCCCCCUCACCGCCCUUAUCAUACCCGCGGCGGAGUGCCUGCUGACCUACCCCUUCCCGAGAAUGAGGGGCGUGAUGAUGCUCAUCAACCUGCCGGGCGCGGCUCUGGCCCUGGGACAAAUGGUACCCUGCGCGCCCAGCCCCCUGCACCGGGCCUCGGUGCACGUGCACCGGCCCUCCCUGCCCUGCAGCCUGAGAACGCAGCUCCUGCACGCACUCGCGUUUGCAGCCCUGCUCAUCGCGUACCACUUCAGCACCAGGGGGCCGGGGUUCUUCACGGAGGGGGCGCGCAGGGCCAGCUGGCACGCCCUGGCCACCGCGCGCCUCGUCGCGCUGCUCCUCGCGUCCCUAGUGCGCCUAACCAUUCACCCCUUCCCGCGCCUGGGCCUGGCUGGACUGCGCGUGCACCCUGGCACGGCGUACUUUGCGAUUGAACUGCUUUGGACGCUCCUCUACUUCUACCUGAUGCCCUACGCGCCCACUGACCCGCUCGCGGGCUCGGCCGCGGGGGACUGCGACGCCAUGGAGCGUGCGGGGAUACUGGGCAACAUCGCAACGGCGUCCGUGCUGCAGGCUUCGAUGUACUAUGACAUCAAGUACAUAGACCACCUGCCCGCCGCCGCGCUGGCCCUCAAGGUCGCCGCGCUGCUGCGGCGCGUCUUCGCCCCCAGCUCGUGCCUGACCCUAUCUGUCUCCGCGCCUGCGGGGCAUGAUAUUAUUUGCAUUGCCGGCCGCCACAGUCUCGCCCGCUCCCCCACCCCGGCCCCAGACGGGCUCGUAUACGCGGACCAUAUACACUUUGCAGCCGCGGAACCCCGGCAGGGGCAGGGGGAGUGCCAGGGAGAGUGCCAGGUGGAAUGCCAGGGGGAGUGGCAAGGGAAGCUGACGAGGGGGGACGAGCGGUACGUGGCCUGCGCGGAGGAGGACGUGGAUGGGAGGCUGACGAUCAGGCGCCUCCAGCUGGACGUGUCCGGCGUGGCCGAUGAAGACGAACUUAUAGUCGAAAUUAUCCGGCUGCUGAAAUUGACCGAGGGAACGAGGAGCAUGCGAUGGAGCGAUGACGUCCUGGACUUUUCCCUUAAAUAG